AUGGAAACAUGUGAGCCAAUGUUAAAGUUCACUGGAUAAGGCACAUGCUUGUCCAUAAGGACAAAACUUCAGGGAUGCAUUCAACCUGAAUAAAAUAUCUUUUUAAGUGCCUGAACAGUGAACACAGUAUAUCGGAUGACUUUGUCACUUUUGAGUGUAUGAUUACAGAGUUAUAAAAGGAAACGGCUGCAGCUAUGUGUGGCUGUGAUGGAUAAAUAAGAGUGGGCAGAGUGGGAGAAGAGACCGAACCGCCUUGAAAUGAGUAUGUCUCAUAGGGAUCCUCCAUAUGAACCUCCCUCUGUCUCAGAGCUGCAGGAGCUUCUGCUCACUGACAGACGACCCACUGGACAUGUCAAUCAAGUCUGGCCUAACCUUUACAUAGGCAACGAGGUAGCUGCUCGUGACAAGGGCACCCUUCACAGUCUGGGCAUUACUCACAUUGUAAAUGCUGCUCAUGGACCCCCCAACCCAGGCCCUGGGCUCUAUUUCUGUGUCAACACCGGCCCACGUUUCUACAGAGACAUGGCAGUGGAUUAUUAUGGGGUGGAAGCUGAUGAUGCAAUAGACUUCAUCCUCAGUCCUUUCUUCUAUCCAACAGCGAGAUAUAUCAGAGCUGCACUGGCCAUGGGAGGACGGGUGUUUGUACACUGUCUGAUGGGUGUGAGCCGCUCUGCAACCUUAGUGCUGGCCUUUCUGAUGAUUGUUGAGGGCCUGAGGCUGCAAGAGGCAGUGGCUGCCGUCAGGCCGCAUAGAGACAUCUGCCCAAACCCAGGCUUCCUGCAGCAACUCCGCAGCCUCGACAUCAGCCUGGAGAGGGAGAGAAGGAGACGACGACAGGCCCAAACACUAGGUCAUUUAGCCCAGCAGGAAGAAACACCAUCUCUGACAGAGCUGAGGAACCUUCUUUGGAUGAACAGGAAGUCAGUGGCACCAGUCAAUCAAGUCUGGCCAAACCUCUACAUUGGAAAUGAGUCUGUGGCACGAGAUAAAACCACACUUUCAUCUCUGGGUAUAACUCACAUACUAAACGCUGCAGCAGGUCGACACCGGAUCAACACAGGCCUGCAGUUCUACAGAGACCUCGAAGUGGAAUACCAUGCUGUUGAAGCUGCAGACCAUCCGGAGUUCAACCUCCAGCCUUUCUUCAGCUCUGCCGCACAGUUCAUCGACAGUGCGCUGAAGAAAAACGGGAAGGUGUUUGUUCACUGUGCCAUGGGUGUCAGCCGCUCUGGAGCACUGGUUUUGGCGUACCUGAUGAUCUGCCAGGGCCUGUCGUUAGUGGACGCCAUCACUGCUGUGCGUCUGAAUCGAGACAUCGGCCCCAACUCUGGGUUUUUGGAGCAGCUCAGGCAGCUGGAGCUGAGCCUCAAUACACAGAGCAGGAAGAUCCCGGAGGAGGACUGUACUGACACGAAAACGAUGUCCUCGUGUGUGGUAAAGUCCAGAAGCAGAAACCCAUACGCAGCUGUUCAGGUGGACCCAGAUAGUGAUUACAUCACUCCAGGAACAUUAGAUCUGGAGCAGCUGUUUUGGACCGGGACCACAGCUCAGUAUACACACAUCAACAAGGUCUGGCCAAAUGUCUACAUUGGGGAUGAGAAAACUGCCCUGGAGCGGCCUGGCCUGCUGGAUCUGGGGAUUACACAUAUCCUGAAUGCAGCAGAGGGAAAGUGGAAUAAUGUACUGACUGGUGCUCAGUACUACAGAGACAUGGGCAUCCAGUACUACGGUGUAGAGGCUGAUGACAAACCCACCUUCAACAUCUCCCAGUACUUCAGCCCUGCAGCAAAUUUCAUCCACGAGGCCCUCGCUCACCCACAGAACAAGGUGCUGGUCCACUGUGUGAUGGGUCGGAGCAGGUCAGCAACACUAGUCCUGGCAUACCUGAUGAUGAAAGAGAGCUUAACUGUAGUGGAUGCUAUUGAGCAUGUGCGACAGCACCGCUGCAUCCUGCCUAACCACGGCUUCUUAAAACAGCUCAGAGCCCUGGACAUUGCACUGCAAGAGGAAAGGCUGAGACGAAAGAGAGACAUGCAAGACCAACAGGAAACAACAGACAGUGAUCUUUGA